ACUCCUUUCACGCGGAUGGUUUGACGGGAGUAGUUGUAGUCCUCGCACCGGAUGGUCCAACUGUCCCGGAGGGAAACAAGCAGCCACCGGGAUAUUGUGUCUUUUUUUUUAUAAACCAUCUCAUAGCGGGAGUUUCGGGAGUGAAUCGCCUCAAGUGCCGGGAACUUUAAUCCGUUUUCUCUGUCGGUUCGCGCCCCGGAAAGUUGCCAACAUGCCGGUGUUCCACACGAAGACGAUCGAGAGCAUCCUGGAGCCGGUGGCCCAGCAGAUCUCCCACCUGGUCAUCAUGCACGAGGAGGGGGAGGUGGACGGGAAAGCCAUCCCGGACCUGACGGCCCCGGUGGCGGCCGUGCAGGCGGCUGUGAGCAACCUGGUCCGGGUGGGGAGGGACACUGUACAAACCACAGAGGACCAGGUCAUGAAACGGGACAUGCCACCAGCUUUUAUCAAAGUGGAGAAUGCGUGCACUAAACUGGUGCAGGCUGCCUCCAUGCUGAAAGCUGACCCCUACUCUGUUCCUGCUCGUGAUUACCUCAUUGAUGGCUCCCGGGGCAUCCUCUCCGGAACCUCUGACCUGCUCCUGACUUUUGAUGAAGCUGAGGUCCGCAAAAUAAUCCGUGUGUGCAAAGGCAUCCUUGAGUACCUGACGGUGGCAGAGGUGGUGGAGUCUAUGGGCGACCUGGUCACAUACACAAAGAACCUUGGACCAGGAAUGACGAAGAUGGCGAAGAUGAUCGAUGAGCGACAGCAGGAGCUGACCCACCAGGAGCACCGUGUGAUGCUGGUCAACUCCAUGAACACAGUCAAAGAGCUGCUGCCGAUCCUCAUCUCAGGCAUAAAAAUAUUUGUGACAACCAAGACGUCGGGCAGCCAGGGUGUGGAGGAGGCCUUGAAGAACCGUAACUUCACCUUUGAGAAGAUGAGUGGCGAGAUCAACGAGAUCAUCAGAGUUCUGCAGCUCACAUCCUGGGACGAGGACGCCUGGGCCAACAAGGACACGGAGGCCAUAAGGAGGGCUCUGGGGCUCAUCGACUCAAAGAUGUCUCAGGCUAAGAAUUGGCUGAGGGAUCCAAACGCUCAACCUGGGGACCAAGGCGAGCACGCCAUUCGACAGAUCCUCGACGAGGCCGGGAAGGUCGGCGAACUGUGUGCUGGGAAGGAGCGGCGAGAUAUCCUGGGCACGGCCAAGACCCUGGGCCAGAUGACCGACCAGGUGUCUGACAUGAGAGCCAGAGGUCAGGGGGCAACCCCAGCCGCCAUGCAGAAGGCCCAGCAGGUUUCCCAAGGGCUGGACGUGCUAACUGGCAAGGUGGAGAACGCCGCUCGCAAACUGGAAGCCAUGACUAACUCCAAGCAGGCGAUCGCCAAAAGGAUCGACGCUGCACAUAAUUGGCUCGCAGACCCUAAUGGUGGCCCAGAGGGAGAGGAGAACAUCAAGGCUCUGCUCAUCGAGGCCAAACGGAUUGCAGACAUGUGCGAGGAUCCUAAAGAGAGAGAGGACAUUUUGCGCUCUAUUGGAGAGAUCGCUGCCAUGACUGCCAAGCUGUCGGAACUCAGAAGACAGGGUAGAGGUGACACUAUUGAAGCCAGAACUUUGGCUAAACAGAUUGCAACAGCUCUGCAGAACCUGCAAUCCAAGACCAACAAAGCUGUGGCCAACAGCCGGCCGGCGAAGGCAGCUGUUCACUUGGAGGGGAAGAUCGAGCAGGCCCAGCGCUGGAUCGACAAUCCCAACGUGGACGAUAGCGGCGUGGGCCAGGCAGCGAUCCGGGGCCUGGUGGCCGAGGGCCGCAGGCUGGCCAACGCUCUGCCGGGGCCGUACAGGCAGGAGCUGCUGGGUAAAUGUGAGCAGGUGGAGCAGCUCAUGGCGCAGCUCGCCGACCUGGCCGCCCGCGGUGAAGGGGAAUCGCCACAGGCCAGAGCUGUGGCUCAGCAGCUCCAGGAGGCUUUGAAAGACCUGAAAGGAAAGAUGCAGGAAACGAUGACUCAGGAGGUGUCAGACAUCUUCAGUGACACCACCACCCCCAUCAAGCUACUGGCGGUGGCGGCCACGGCUCCGCUGGAGUCCCCCAACCGAGAUGAGGUCUUUGACGAACGCGCUGCCAACUUUGAGAACCACGCCAAUAAGCUUGGCACCACCGCAGAGAAGGCGGCUGCAGUGGGCACGGCCAACAAGAGCACGGUGGAGGGAAUCCAGGCCGCUGUCAAAUCCACGAGAGACUUAACACCACAAGUGGUGUCAGCCGCUCGUAUCCUGCUGAGAAACCCUGGCAACCAAGCCGCGUAUGAACAUUUUGAAACCAUGAAGAAUCAGUGGAUUGACAAUGUGGAAAAAAUGACAGGUUUGGUGGACGAGGCCAUCGACACCAAAUCUCUCCUGGAUGCCUCAGAGGACGCCAUCAAGAAGGACCUGGAUAAGUGCCGCGUGGCCAUGGACAACCACCAACCUCAGAUGCUGGUCGCCGGCGCCACCAGCAUCGCCCGCAGAGCCAACCGCAUCCUCCUGGUGGCGAAGCGAGAGGUGGAGAACUCUGAAGAUCCUAAAUUCAGGGAGAUGGUGAAGGCUGCGUCCGAUGAACUGAGCCAGACGAUUUCUCCGAUGGUGAUGGACGCCAAGGCGGUGGCUGGAAACAUCCACGAUCCAAGUCUUCAGAAGGGCUUCAUGGACUCGGGUUAUAAGAUUCUCAGUGCUGUGGCGAAGGUCAGGGAGGCCUUCCAGCCGCAAGAGCCAGACUUCCCACCUCCUCCUCCGGAACUGGAUCAACUUAGUCUCAAUGAUGAAGCAGCACCCCCCAAGCCUCCCCUUCCAGAGGGUGAGGUUCCUCCUCCCAGGCCUCCUCCUCCUGAGGAGAAAGACGAGGAGUUCCCCGAGCAGCCGGCUGGCGUGAUGGUUAACGAGCCCAUGAUGGUGGCGGCCAGGCAGCUCCACGAUGAAGCGCGCAAGUGGUCCAGCAAAGGAAAUGACAUCAUCGGCGCUGCCAAACGCAUGGCCUUGCUCAUGGCGGAGAUGUCACGUCUGGUGCGCGGAGGCAGCGGCAACAAGCGCGCCCUCAUCCAGUGCGCCAAGGACAUCGCCAAGGCUUCUGAUGAGGUCACGCGGAUGGCGAAGGAGGUGGCCAAGCAGUGCACUGACAAGCGAAUCCGGACCAAUCUGCUCCAGGUGUGUGAACGCAUCCCCACCAUCAGCACUCAGCUCAAAAUCCUGUCCACAGUCAAGGCCACCAUGUUGGGUCGUACCAACAUCAGCGAAGAGGAGUCAGAGCAGGCCACUGAGAUGUUGGUCCACAACGCUCAGAACCUGAUGCAGUCCGUGAAGGAGACUGUCAGGGAGGCCGAGGCAGCUUCCAUUAAGAUCCGGACAGAUGCAGGUUUCACCCUUCACUGGAUCAGGAAGACCCCCUGGUACCAGUAAGGAGAAGGACCCCCCUGCCCCCCUCUGUUCCUCUGCCUCACGCUGGAUCGGUCCAGCUGUCUCAAGAGGAGCCUGAAUGGACAGAUACAUACUUUAUCAGAGCGAUGAUAUCAGUGCCCUUCACUCUAAUGUGGGUUUCUCUAUUUGUCCCAAGUCCUGUCUGUAACAGUUGCUGUUCUAGUAGAAUGUAAACAAUGGGACUAUCAGUAGAAAUUAUGGGUUCGAUCCUCACUGGGAAUUUUUUUUCUUUCUAAAUCGUGUACAAAAUGUGUUUCAAAGCUUAUUUUGACAAAUCCCAGGAAUAUAUAUAUUUUGAUUAGAGGCUGGAUUUCAUAUAAUGUGAGUAUUUGGCCGACUCCGAGACACAAGCCACAGUUAAGUUAAAUUUAAAGAGUUCCUCAAGAGGCAUUUUUAUAUCUUUGUACUGAUAACGGUGUUAUUAGCACUCACUUGCCUUUAAUAGGGAAAAGCACAUUAUCUUUAGGAGAUGUUACAAGUACAGUAUCGGCCUUUCGCUCAGCACACACUAAAUAUAGCCAGCGGUAUUAUGUCUGUUUACACUAUUCUUGAUUAUCACCACAUGAAAGACAAACACUGUUCCUUUUUUUCACAUUUUGUAAUGCAAUUAUUUUCAUCAAAGUUCUGCCAAAGACAGUCUGCCACGAUCUUUGAAGCUUUCGUUCUUUGGUCAGCAACUGAGAACAAGGGCUAGUUUCUUACACACGCUGAUUCGAGGAUUAACUGUAACUUCUACGACAGUUAAAGAAGAAAACUGCUUUUUACGGUUGCAUUCGACUCGUUCUAGGUAUGUGUUGUUUCACAUGUUGCUUUUGAGAUUACAUGUAAUAAAUGAACCGGCUUAUUUCAUUUCAGGUCGGUUCAGCCAACACAAAUGCGCAUCACUUUAUUUUCAUAUCGCAGGAAGUGGACGUUAUUUCACGAAGCACAAAACUGUUCUCGUUACUACAUGCAAAUUUGAGAUUGUAGCUUACAUCGGCUCAUAUACUGGUUUACGUCUGUUUUAAUUUUAUGCUGUAUGUUUAGGAAACAGACAAUUAAAGCACAGGGUGGCCCAGGCCAACAGGCAGGGAACACCUGGACAGGUAACCUCAGCAGUUUCAAGGUCUAUGCCGUCAACCAUGGAGUUUCUACUAGUUUUACUUAUUUAAAUCAAACCAGAUUCAUGAAUACUUGGACAAACAUUGGCAUGAUAAGAGCUUCCUAAAAUGACAGAAGCCAAAUUUGAGAAAAGUUUAAAAGACGUGUACUUUGGUUUUUAAUUUUAUCCAUGUUCACUGACACGCAGGAGUUGGUGUUUAUGAUCUAUUCUGCAGGCCUUCCAAGAUAUGUUGGCUUCACUUUGGGUCAUGUCGUCCAUCUUUAUUUACAGUGUGAGGUGAAUUAUGAUGUCAUGAUACUUAAAAACAUGCUGCAUGUCGAAACCAUCAUCAUGGACUUUCUAUUCUUUCAUUUAAACACCAUAUGGAAAUGUCACAUCAUUAAAGCUCAUCAUGGUUUCAUUAGAAGAGUUGGUGUUAAUUGAGAUGCCUUGUUUUGGGGUAAUAAGGUUUUGCGAUAUGUUGUUAUAACAAGAAAAGUUUCUUGUUAUAACAACAAUAUUUUGUAUUUUUUUUGCUACAUCUAUUUUGCAUAUGUUUCUGCCCGCUCCAUCGACAAAGAAAUCUUAUUUUUAACGUUUGAGACAAAUGGAUUCAAUAAAGGACGUAAAAUUAA